AUGAAAGUGACUUCAGUAGUUGAUGAAUACGCGGACAGCGACGACGACUCAUCCUACGAGAGUGAAAAUAAUCGUCCGCAAGGAAACAAAAUGUUUCAGUGCAAGCAUUGUGAAUCUUACCAAUCUCAAAAAUGGUACAAGAUUACCGGCUCAGAUGGAGUGCAAAAUAAUCAGGGGAAGAAAAAUGGUAAUGGUGGUGUGAUCUCAGCCUUGUGUUUCAGAUGUGCAAAACUAUGGAGAAGAUAUGCCGUGUAUUGGGAAGAUCCACAAGAAAUCCAAAAACGAAACUCCAGAGGUAUUGGAGGGUACAGAAGAAAGGUAGAACCGGAAUUGAUUGCUGAUGCAGAGAAGAUUAUCCAAUAUGGAGAUAAAGAGGGAGGUUUAUGUUAUGAAAUCGACAAGAAACUGGUUUCAUCUAGUAUCCUUCCUUCACCAUCUAUUACCCCUAAGAAGGAACCAUUGUCCGUUCCACAACCGGUUUCCCGGAAUGGAACCAAUGGUAAAGAAAACCAAGUGAAAACACCCGUUGCAAAAAGCUCACCAGAUGCUAGCCGAAAACCCACACCUAAGUUGACAUCGAGACAGCUUUCACUUUCUACGAAGCAAGCUAUAAAAGAAGAGCCCAAAGAGGAGCCUGCUCCCAAAAAACGGAAACAAAACUCUAGUUCAUCCUCAAAACUGAAACCGAAGACGGAAGAUAAAGACAAGUUACAAACACCAGCAGUCAAAAAGACAAAAACAGCAGUACCGAAGGCUACUGCUAUUGAUGAAGACCAGGCUGAAAAAGUUGACUCUGACACUAAGAAGAAGAGGAAGUCGCCUCCUGAUGGUGAAAAGAAAGCUGCAACGCUUGAUAACCAAAGAGUAAGCAAACCUGGAUCUUCGGGUGCCAAAAGACAAAAGAAGUCUACAACAGAGGCAAGCGACACUGUCAGCCCAAUUUUCAAUGCCGCAUACCGUGCUGAUCUUCCGAGAGUUGCGUCCGUUGGCAAGAUAGACAAGAGGCUGUUCCCUGUGCUCGAUAAAUCUGUUUUGGAAGAAAUUGUCGACAACUACAAGCUUCGACAGCUUACAGACAUGAAACUGCUUACACUUCAGAACCAGACUCCAUCGAACGCCAAGGUGGAUCAACCCUUCGCAGUUAGCGAACGAAAUUGCUCUGUUUGCAUGGAGGUGUCAGCGAAUGAGGAGUCGUUCCAGGAAACACUCAUUUGCACAAAUUGUGGAGUGAACAUACACGCUUCAUGUGGCGGGAUUACUGUAUUUGGGAAGCAAAAGCCAAUUAAACAUUGGAUCUGUGAUCCAUGUACUAACGAUCUAAGUCCCAAUUUUAGUACAAGUUACUCGUGCAGUCUUUGCUUGGCCAAUGAGCUCAAUUACGAGGGUUCGAUCCUCGGAUCAUCCACAGUUAAGCCCGACUAUUUAGUGCCAAUUCUUGAUUCAGGGAAGUGGUGUCAUCUAACAUGCGCAAUCUUCGCUUACAAGGAUAUAUUUUUCCGGAACUUAGCAGUGGCACCUUUUAUCACCAAGGAGGUUUUGCAUGCUUCGAACACACGCAGUUGCAACACUGCAAUUGAGAGUGUCUCGAACGUAUUUUUGGAAAAUUAUACAUCGAGCUGUGGAAUCUGCGAGUCCUUGAGUGGAGCUUUAGUGGCUUGCGACAUGUGUGACGAAAAUCGCAAGUUUCAUGUUACUUGUGCCCAAGAUACUGCGGGUUUCGGGCUUGGAUUCAAGUUGUGCACCAAGAAGACGCUAAAGGCCAACACAAGCACGCAUAUUGGAAACGCUGUCGGCAAGUUGGAGCCUGUGCUCAUUUGCUCUCAGCAUGAAAACGUCAAGUAUUUCAAAAUGAGAGAAUAUGGGCGUCGUACUCCCACGGGUGAACCGCGGCCCCUCAUACAGCUUUUCCUUGAAGACAUUGCCAAAUCAGUGUCUACCAAAUCUAAUGGCCCACAACUAAAGGCACAUAACUACAUCAGCAUGAUCGAAAAAUUUAUGGAUAAGGAAGACGUCCUGCCUCAGAAAGCUAGGAAAGCCCCACACGCUCAGGAAUUGGCGACAGACAUAGCUUGUGCAAAGUGCAAAGUAGGCUCCUCGCCUAGCUGGUGGGCGGUGUCUGGUGAGCUGUCUGUACACUGCCAAAACUGCCACUUCAGUGAUUCAAAUGGGGAAGAAAGCCAGGUUCCAGAGGGGCAACUGCUACGGAAAGAGCUCCACGAACCUUUAGGGGGAGAAAUUCACGGAAUAAAAAAUAGUAAGGACCACAUAGGUGCGGUCCAUUCGACUUUUGAGCCAAAGCCUCUGGAUAUCUUGGCUCACUUAGAUAGCAUUCUCUCACGGACAUAG